AGCGUCACUUUCUGAGCCGGCCAGCAGUGAGUCUCCAGAUCUUAUUUUUUCACUUCAUUUUGAGUCUAGCUUUAACUUCUCCAAAAUGAGCUUCAGAACCUCAGGCUUUCAGCAGAUCCCCUCUUCCCGGAUCUCCAUGAGCCGCUCUACUCCUCAGUCCCGUGCUGCCAGCAUCUAUGGUGGUGCCGGUGGACAGGGUGUCCGCAUCUCCUCUUCCUCUGUAUCUUCCCUGCGCUCUGGUGCUCCUAUGUCUUCUUCCUCAAGUGCCUUCAAACUGAGCAGUGGAGUGGGUACAGGCAUGGGUGGUGCUGGCAUGUCUGGAGGAAUGGGUCUUGGUGCUGGGAUCUCGGGAAAUGAGAGGGGCGCAAUGCAGAACCUGAAUGACCGCCUGGCCAAUUACCUGGAAACAGUGAGGAACCUGGAACAGGCCAACCUGGAGCUGGAGACCAAGAUCAGGGAGGCCAUGGAGAAGGGGGGCGCACAAGUGAGAGACUACAGCAAAUAUGAACCCAUCAUAAACGACCUACGAGAUCAGAUCUACGAUAAGAUAGGGGAGAACGCUCGCUUUGUGCUCCAAAUUGACAAUGCCCGCCUCGCCUGUGAUGACUUCAAAGUAAAGUUUGAUAAUGAGAUGGCAAUUCGCCAGUCUGUGGAGGCCGACAUUGCUGGGCUGAAGAAAGUCAUUGAUGAGACCAACAUGAGCAGGAUGAAUAUCGAGAGUGAGAUUGAAGCUGUGAAGGAGGAGCUCCUCUUCCUGAGGAAGAACCAUGAGAAUGAGGUGGCGGAGUUGAGGAAUCAGAUCACCCACUCAGGCGUGCAAGUGGAUGUAGACGCUCCCAAAGGCCAGGACCUGUCCCAGGUCAUGGAGGACGUGAGAUCAAACUACGAGAAGAUUGCCGUGAAGAAUGCACAGGACCUCAAACACUGGCAUGAAAAUCAGAUUGCAGAUGUGCAGGUGCAGGUGUCACAGAACACCGAAGCUCUCCAGGGGGCCCAGAUGGAGAAGAGUGACUUAACCAGACAGAUACAGACCCUAGAAAUUGAACUUGCGUCUCAACAGAGUUUAAAAGCCUCUUUAGAGGACACUCUACGAAACACAGAGAUGCGUUACAACAUGGAAAUGGAGAAGUACAACAACAUCAUUGUCCGUUUGGAGGAGGAGCUGACCAACCUACGUGCCAACAUACAAAAUCAGACCCAAGAGUAUGAGGCGCUGCUUAACAUGAAGAUGAAGCUUGAGGCUGAGAUCAACGCCUACAAGGGCCUGCUGGACGGGGGAGACUUCAAGUAAGAUUCUGAAGCUCCAGGACGCACUGGAUGAGCUGGCCGCCUAACUAAUGGCAAACUAAUUUGAAACUGUGAAGUGACCGCCAUCAGACAACAAAGUGAAACUGCACUGUUUUCAAAAACAUCCAUUGUCUCAUCUAACAGAAACAAAUAAAACACAUUUUUGAAAUCAC